AUGAGCUCGAGUACUCAACCACGAUGGCGGAGAGAUGCCGCUGCUGGAGCCCCUGUUUGGAGACCUGGGAUGAUCGCCUUCUUACACAAGAAAAAGGAGUGCUACCCCGAAGCUAUCGAGGACCUGAUCAGCACGGGACAUUUGCCGCAUGGGGCCUUAGGACAUCCUGUCAUUAUCCUCCAACGCCCCUCCAUGCAAUCAACCCACGUGUUGAUCACUACCGUCUCCUCAUAUUGCGCCGAGGAGAACAACGGCUCCCCACCCUGGAAGCAGCCACGGCACAGGUCAAAGUGCCCCGAGGACUUUCGCUCCUUCUUGGGUAGCGAGCGGGUCAGCAACACGUACCAGCCGCUCCGUCUCCAUCCCGGGAAGCAAUUCCCCAAGCCCAGUGCCAGCUGGGUGUACAUCCAGAGCGCAUUCGUCGUGCCCGUCUGCGUUCUGGGGAGGUUCUUCAGGCCCCCGAUGCCAAGGGGGAUGAUGCUCACCAUGCUCCCGGAGAGCCUGGAGGAUCUGCGCUGCCACAUGGCAGCCAAAUGCAAAGCCUGGGCCGAGUGCCAGGAACGGCUGCUUGCUGCUGAAGCGGCAAGGUUAUCUCUCCCGGCCCCUCUGGCCGCCUACACCGUCCCCGUUCCCGCCGCCGCCGCCGCCAACCCCUCCUCCCCGUCAACCUCGGAUGAGGAGGGAGAGCCCGCAGCAACCGUCCCCGCCGCCCGCCGCCCUGACCCCCCGCUGGCUACCUCCACCCCUGGCCCCCGCAUACGAUCCUUCGCGGCCACUCUCCGCGGUUCCGGUGCCGCGCUGGCGCCAACGUCAGCGUCAGCCCUAGCCGUACCCUGGCGGCGACAGGGCACAAGCAAGCACAGGGACAAGCCGUGGAAGACAAGGAAGAACUGGCGCGAAUGA